AUGAACACGUCUCAAUUAAAUCCUUCCAUCGUUCUAACAGAGUACUUUGUCGAUCAAGAAAAAUAUAUCUAUUUAAUUAUGCUACACAUAUACGUAGAAUUAUGUGCUGGAACGACUAUAAUGUUAGGAAUAGGUACAAUGCUUAUUGCAUAUCUUGAACAUACCUGUGGAAUAUUUAGAAUUGCUAGUUAUCGUAUCGAGCAUGCAGUUAAUAUCAAUACUUUACAAAAUAUUACAAUAAAAAACAAGAUUUUGAUGACCAAGAGCAUAACUUGUGCCGUAGACAUUCAUCGUCAAGCAAUGAAAUUGUCCAAGCAUUUAUUGUCCACAUUCGAGAUAAUGAUAUUUUGUUUCACGGGAUGUGUAGUAGCUUGCUUUAGCCUCAAUCUGUUUCAAGUAAGUUUUCGAUUUGGUGUAACAAUUUAUGAGAGUUUUAUCGAAAUUACAUAUUAA